AUAUGGGAAUUGGGGGAAUAAUGAUAUGUGUGUUGUAUGUUGCUACAGGUUUCCCUGGCUGGCGUCGAGUCUCCAUCUCCACAGCGAGAAGGCAGGUGAUACAAAAAGAGGACGCCUGCCUGAAGCAGGGAGGGGAUAUGAUGUGUGGCCUGAUGGGACGUCUGCCGGGUGAGAGGUGGUGCCCGGGAUGGGACGAGGUCCGAGCGUAUACGGGACAGUGGCAGCCUGGACUCCCGUGGGGACCGAAUGCCACUAUGUGGAGCUCGUUUAAUUUCCAACGAGAUUUCAGCUCCUCCCAGAAUCCACUUACCUUGUCUGUCGGAGGUUGGGACACCUCUCCAUACAGAGGUGCGGACAAAAUAUAUUUGGUUCUCGGAGUGGAGCAUGCAGGAACUGACACCAAAGCGUUUAUUAAGAUUAACAUUAGGGUGCCGACCGCUAGCUCUCCAGCUGUGGCAGUCACAGGGACUGUGGACACCUCAACAGGUAAGGUGCAACCUGGGGAAGUGGUAGGGGUUGACUAUACCAAAUUGAAACCGUUAGAGGUGAUUGAGAAAGCCACAGGGUAUCACGAGAGUAAUAUCUGGCUUGAUUGGAUGUUGCAAAAUGCCAAAGAACAAGAUUUAGGGGACUGUGUGGCAUGUGCCGCCGCCCGACCUCAACUAUACACUGAGCCGGCUCCUUUGUAUUCAGAGGACCCUUGGGGAUAUCGGUGCAUGUUAGCUCUUACACAUAGUGCUUCCCCUGUGAACUGCAUCACCCUGGCAAGGGUGUUUCCUCCGAUAGCUAACGACACCAGGACGGGGCCGUUCACUCCCCAUAAAGGGGGAGGGGGAUAUACCUGUUUCCGCUUCACCAGUCAGAAACCCGUGGUGAACGUUGGAGAGAUCCCCUUGCAGUGGUGUAAUGUUACGAUCCAGAGCAGAUCUAUUAUCGGACCCUGGGCCCGGUCUGGUCUGUAUUACUAUUGUGGGGGCACCCGACUCCUGGUGAGAAUCCCAAAAGGCACCCUGGGGGAAUGUGCGAUGGUACGGUUAGCAGCACCCUUAGUGCUGAUAGGUGACCGAGUUAAAGCACUCCAGGCAAAAAGGAGCGACGCUCUUACCCGGCGCCGGCGUAGACAUGUAAUAGGCCGUCGCUCACGUGAUACAUUCGACCUCACUGUGGACUCCCCAACCUAUAUAGAUGCGAUAGGGGUCCCUAGAGGGGUCCCCAAAGAAUUCAAACUCGCAGACCAAGUCGCGGCAGGAUUUGAAAAUAUUCCUAUUCUGUCCGCUUUGUUCCCCGUCACUCCAAACAAGAAUGUAGACCGCAUUAACUAUGUACAUUAUAAUGUCUUGCCGUCUCUUUAAUUUGACCCGUGAUGCGGUUGAGGGCCUGUCAGAACAGUUGGGCCCCACCUCGUUGAUGGCGGUGCAAAAUCGCAUAGCCCUCGAUAUGUUAUUGGCAGAGAAGGGCGGGGUUUGUGCAAUGUUUGGGGACAUGUGUUGUACUUUCAUUCCUAACAAUACAGCUCCGGACGGGUCGGUUGCUAAGGCGCUGCAGGGCCUUAGGACUCUCUCGCGAACUAUGCACGAGCAUUCUGGGAUAGAUAAUCCGCUGGAGGAAUGGAUGACCUCGAUGUUCGGCCAGUGGAAAGGUU